AUGCCCCAAGAUACCUAUAGGAAAACCUGCAAGUCGUGUGGUUGUGACCGCCUGCAGCACUCGGUGUACCACGAGGAGCUCGGGUCAGUGCGCGACCGGCUCGGCCUGCGCGACACCCGCGACACACGCACGCACCACUCCUAUGAUAACAGUCCUCCUGGACUCACUGCUAAACAGACUGAACUCUACUGGUCAUCCCUAUCAGAACGCGCACCAAAUGCGGUAGGUGGUGUCACCGGCCCCGCGGCCUGGCGGGCUUGGAGGACUCGUGCGUUGGCAGCACAGUUGCCUAAACAAGACUUGUCCUUAGCACACUGCAAGAACAUAGACGAACCCCAUCGCAAGCAGUUCGAAGAUUUCGUUUCAGCUAGAAAUGAAAUUGCAUUAGAUAUUGGACUUGCAUGUCAACAUCAUGGACAGUCCAUUGAAUGCAUGGGAUGUACUAAGACGAUCCGCAAUGGAAAUAUUGCAAUUCAAGCCCCUCGAAUUGGUGAAGAGGCAUUCUUUCAUCCAGCAUGCUUUACAUGCUCGGAAUGCGACGAGCUGCUUGUGGAACUCGCGUACUGCGCUUUGGAUGGACGCCUCUUCUGUGUACGACACUAUGGCGAGCGAUUGAAGCCAAGGUGUCACGCUUGUGAUGAGACCAUGAAAGAUAUCCGUAAAAAACUUGAGUCAUUUGAAAUCUGGGCGUCUCCGCCAAAUGUUUCGAAUAAGUUGACGGGUAAAGUCACCAACAUCGAGGUUCUUGGAUGGACAAAGAGAAAUACGCUUAUACUUCUUGUCACAAUCUUCAAACAGAGAAAAGUUGUGUGCCUAGGAGAUUUAGUAAGGCAUAAAGGUUACAACUGCUUCAGACUAUUAAGAUGGACUUGCGGU